AUGAGUGCUCAGGAGGUGCCCGCCAAUCCUGGGCAGGAGCAGGUUGACGUGGGGGGUGGAGUCCCAGAUGGCCCCUCCCCUACCCCGACCACCACCUCCGCCACCCUCGCUGUUCCGGUCACGAUAAAGAAGGAGCCUGGCUUGCAGGGGGCCAGUAACGGGAAAGAUGUGCCUGCCGAGAUCUGUGUUGUCCUUGGUGGAGGAGGAGGAGGAGGAGGAGGAGCAGCAGAAGGAGGAGGAGGAGGAGGAGGAGGAAGGUCGCGCAAUGACCAGACCCAAGGUACGAUCCCUUGCACCUGUCAUUUUAACUUCUCCCUCUGUAUCUGUCCUCUGUUCCAAACCUGUGCACCUGCACCCGGCCAUGAAAAUGUCCUCAUCUCAACUGCUUCAUUUUUACCUACUCCCAACAUCUGGGUUUGUUACACAAAACUGUUUUGCACCUGUCAUUAGCUACCUCACACCUUUCUUAGCCUGCCCUCAUUCACACUGGCCUCCUGAAGUUGAACAUUAACCAUCUCAGCUGGAAUGUAUCUGGUAUUUACUGAGAAAUUACAUGCUAGGAAACCGGUACAUUUCUGUACAUAUUUAGAAGAAAAGGUAAUCAUUAGGAAAUUAUGUAAUAACUGUCUGACCAUGUAAUGUAUUGAUAAAUACAUGUGAAUCAAGACUGGUCACUUAUUUUACAGUCUUAACUAAGACAAACCUUGUGCAAUCAUUUUAAGUCAUGUUGUUACACGCCAGUGAUAUCGAUGCAGUUAACUCUUGUAGCUUUUCCAGCGCUCUCUAUUUUGCUUUUCCUCUCAUACAGGCUCCUACGUUUGCGGGAUAUGUGGGAAGAAAUACAAGUACUACAACUGCUUUCAAACACACGUCCGUGCACACAGAGGUAAGGAAGGCCUACCCUGAAACACUGUAAUGCUUCUUUGUGUGAUGAAAUGGGAAUUGUUUGAUACACUAUAUGAUCAGAAGUAUGUUGACACCUGCUCUUCGAACAUCUCAUUCCAAAAUCAUGGGCAUUAAUAUGGAGUUUGUCCCCCCUUUGCUGCUAUAACAGCCUCCACUCUUCUGGGAAGGCUUUCCACUAGAUGUUAGAACAUUGCUGCGGGGACUUGCUUCCAUUCAGCCAGAAGCAUUAGCGAGGUCGGGCACUGAUGUUGGGUGAUUAGGCCUGGCUCGCAGUCGGCGUUCCAAUUCAUCCCAAAGGUGUUCGAUGGAGUUGAGGUCAGGGCUCUGUGCAGGCCAGUCAAGUUCUUCCACACCGAUCUCGAUAAACCAUUUCUGUAUGGACUUCGCUUUGUGCACGGGGGCAUUGUCAUGCUGAAACAAGAAAGGGCCUUCCUAAAAGUUGGAAGCACAGAAUCGUCUAGAAUGUCAUUGUAUGCUGUAGCAUUAAGAUUUCCCUUCACUGGAACUAAGGGGCCUAGCCCAAAACAUGAAAAACAGCCCCAGACCAUUAUUCCUCCUCCACCAAACUUUACAGUUGGCACUAUGCAUUCGGGCAGGUAGCGUUCUCCUGGCAUCCGCCAAACCCAGAUUAGUCAGUCGGACUGCCAGAUGGUGAAGCGUGAUUCAUCACUCCAGAGAACGCGUUUCCACUGCUCCAGAGUCCAAUGGCGGCGAGCUUUACACCACUCCAGCCGACUCUUAGCAUUGCGCAUGGAGUUCUUAGGCUUGUGUGCGGCUGCUCGGCCAUGGAAAUCCAUUUCAUGAAACUCCCGACGAACAGUUAUUUUGCUGAUGUUGCUCCCAGAGGCAGUUUGGAACUCGGUAGUGAGUGUUGCAACCGAGGACAGACGAUUUUUACGCGCUUCAGCACUCGACUGUCCCGUUCUGUAAGCUUACACUUCACAAUAACGGCACUUACAGUUGACCAGGGCAGAAAUUUGACGAACUGACCUGUCAACAACGGGUGUGGCUGAAAUAGUCGAAUUCACUAAUUUAAAGGGGUGUCCACAUACUUUUGUAUAUGUAGUGUACAAUUUAAAAUGAUCAACUCAAGUCUUUGCAUACAUGAUUUAAUACCACCUUAUUUUUGAAUAUCCCCCUCCUGCUAAAUAUAUGGGGCAUGAUCAUGCAAGUCUCUAUCCGUAGUCACAUGAACCCAAUUUUUAGAACAUUUCUUAGCAUUAACGAUUUUCAAAACCUGCAAUGAGUUUCUAGCUAGAUGGAGGGUAUUGGCUUGCUCCCCACGACACCGUGAAUGUCAGUGUUUGAAAAUCACUUUUUAAAAUGUUUUCACUUUUCAUGACGUAAUCGGGUAGAACCAUUUUACUUUAUAUUUUGUUCUACAAAACAUAGAAAUGCGGUGUUGUCACAUAUUUAUACACUGGUAUGGUGCUGGAGAUAAUGAAUAUGAGGUUGAAAAGUGGUGGAGUUGCCCUCUAACUUGUCAGCUGCAUUCAUCCGCUAAUACUUUUCAAGUAUUCUCUUUUCCCCUUUCCUUUCUGACAUCAUUAUUUUUAAUGUGAUCGAUGCCAAAUGUUGUGUGCAAGAGAUCGGAGUGAGUCAAGCUGUUAUAAGCGUUGGCACCACGCCAACAGCAGAUUUCUUUUUGAAUGUGCCUGUCUCUCUUCCCCCCGCAGAGUCCGACAGCAUGCCAGGAGAGGGGGCAACACCAACUCCCAACAGUGAGUACAUGGAUGUGUAUGCACACUAGGGUUGUGAACGUUUAAACAAAAUGGAAGAGUUAAUGUUAAGAAAAAAUCCCUAACCGAAAAACUAUGUCCGUCACUGUCCCCCACCACCACUACAUUUUAAUCACAGUGCAGUUAUCACAAAACUACCACUAACGGGUCCUGAUCGUCAUCAUCAUAAAUGGAAAAAAAUUAAACAAGUAGGCCUACCCAAUAAGCUUGGGCGGUAUACCGUAUACUGAGGUAUUUGGAAAUAGCCAUGGGAAGUUUUUCAAUAUAUUUUUAUACUUGUAGCUACUUUUUAAGUUAAUACCUACAGUCAACUUGUGCAUACAUUAGAUAUAAAGCAGAUUGCGUUCUUCAUUUCACCUGUCACAUUAUUUUACAUUAUGAAGCUUACCAUAGUUCCCCAGAACAGUUGGGCCAGUCACGUGUUUGUUUGGAAAUAGCACUAUGGGAGAAAGCGGGAGCAGGUGUGUCCAGCUGUGUAUUGUUUUUGUGUGUGUUUUUUAUUUUUCUUCUUCAAUAGAGUGAUCAGGGACGUACAACUAUAGCUUUCCUUCACAGAAAAUACAUUAGUGCAACACAUUCGGCAGAAAAUAGCAUCAUUUUCAUCCGAUGACAACAAAUUGCAACGCUAUUUGGCUGGCAGCCACACAAAUGAUCUUACAAUGAAAAAGCAAGCUCUUUUUUGCAAAAAUGAUGGAUGGCCAUAUUUCUAAUGUUUAUCAUAGAAAGAAUGUAGCCAGCUACAUUUCCUAAAAGUGAAUCUUGCAUUUUACCGGAGAAAAUUAGGCUGGCUACAACUACAAAAGUAGCUACACAUCAGUCAGUGCUGUCUGCUGAUAGAAUGUGCAUUUGUGCAUUCUCAUCUUAGUUGAGGAGUGCAACUGAAGCAUGAAUUUAGUCUGAUACCGAGAAUAAAUUACAAUAAGAAGCAUUUUAAGUCUUCGUUUACAAAACGCAGCAAGAUAUUUUAUUUGAUUUUUUUGUGCCAUUUAGCAGACGCUUUUAUCCAAAGCGACUUAGUCAUGGCAUUCUUGUGCGUUUGAUCUUUUUUUCCUGUGUGAAAAAUGCAAAAUUCUGCAUUAACGCGACCCCUAAGUUUAACUUGGUAGUUAAUAAUCUAAUUAAGUGGCUGAAAUAAUAAUGUGAUGGGGCAUCAUAUUGUGUUAGCUUUCUGCUGUGUUUGAGAAGUCAAAGCCCUUUGGAUGAGUUAUUUGUACAGCUGCCUCUAUCUAUUUAUUUUCCUCUCCGUUCUCGGCCCCUCUUCUCAGAGCAGGCAGGUCCGUUGCCUAGCACAGCGUUUCUCAAACAUUUUGGGUUUUGCCCUUGCACUACACAGCUGAUUUAAACAAUCAACUAAUCAUCAUUGAUUAUUUGAAUCAGCUGUGUAGUGCUAAGGCAAAAACAAAAACGUACACCCCUUGGGGUCCCCAGGACCGAGUUUAGGAAACGCUGCCCUAGUGACUCCAGACUCCACACAGACAUGGUGUGUAGCCUACACAUGCUGCUCAGAGCCAGGACUGUUCUUCCUUCAGACAAGCAUAUGCACAAUGUCUAGUUCACAUUCGCUUGUAAAUGUCAGAACUCACCAAAAAUGACAUUUGGUAGCUCCUUCCUAUAUAUGUAUAACUUUGAGCUGGAUUAGCUGUCUUUGCUAUUUGUUUAUUUUCAUUUGCGCUCGUUAGCAUAUUUAGUUAGCAGCCGCUUUUGAAAUUCGCUCUUACUUGUGCUAAUUUUGGUAGCAUUCUGGUAACAGACGCCCAAUGUUUUUUGCAUCAUUUGGCGCCCCCUUGUGUACGAAGACGGUAAUACCGUAUAUCCCUGGAGAGAAGGACAGUAUGACGAUAUGAAAAUCUGGAUACCGCCCAACCCUACUACCUAACGCAACAAUUGCUGUAAGGUUGGUAAGAGGGGAUAUGCAUCUUUAAAAUUAUUUGCCACGGAUAUAAGCACAUCGUCAUUAACAGUUGGGAAAAAAAGCGCUAAUUACAGAAAUUAUUGUAGUUGAAAUGCAGCCACUGUCAAUGGCCUACUUGAGUUGCGAAGUAAUUUGCUAAAUGAAGGACUGCAAGCGUCAUUUGUGCCGCGACUCACACUACUGAAACGGGUGCGUCUUUCUCAUCAAAAACACUGUUCACCGUUUACUCCUGUUUCAACAGGGUGUUAUUCCCUUUAUAAUGGGAGUUGAGACAUACAGUUAACAGCAUUAGAACGCUAAAAUCCUUCCCUUUUUAACCAGUAGAUACCCGCAUUUGGCGCGUGUUUUAUUUUGCCUCGUGUUUGAUUUGUGAGCUUAAACUUAGUGGACAGGCUUUUGUUAAACAUGAAACAAAGUAUGUCCCUAGACUGAUAAAUCUGUCAGAUUUGGCAAGGAAUGUAGCGGUGGGAUCGAAAUUGAGUGAGAGACGCGUAACUGAGGGGAAAGAGAAUUUAGGGAGAAGAGUUGUGAUCACUUGGCUAGGUUUCUUUUUUGUUGUGAUUCGCUAAUGCACAUAACAAAUGGAAGGAACACUAGAGGCAACGUGAAUUAACGGCUGGCUUUGGGACUAAAUUUCAUAUGCACGUUCAGGCAGCCACAAAGCAGAUUCCAGAUUCUUAAGCCUACUGUAUGACUGCGGUAGAACUUCAUUGUCCCUUACACUUCAGCUCCACUAUAAGCUUUGUGUUGCUAUGCCAUCAGUGUUGUCAAUGUGACGUUCUACCUGAUACACAGAGCAUGCUGUUUUGAGAGUGGAGAGGAGCAGAGGGGAAGAGCAUCUUUAUUCUAUUUUCCCCUACUGUACCAUAUUCAUCGAUUAUGCGUAAGUACAAUAGUACUAAAUUAUCCUCUAAUUACACAAGCUGCUUUUUGUUUACAUUGUAAAGCUAGCUAGUCAAAGUAGCUAGCUAGUAGUAGUCGCUACUUGACUUCAUAAAUCUUAGUAAAAUAACCAGUGGUGUAUCGUCGAGGCAUAGCCGCGGGAAGCCACACAAAUGAUCUUACAAUGAAAAAGCAAGCUCUUUUUUGCAAAAACGAUGGAUGGCCUCAGCACCCCCUGAAAAAAAAAACACAUUUAUUUAUGCAUAUCGGGUCCAGGUGAAAAAGCACAAGGUCCAUUUCGAAACAGGUCCAUUUCGGAAGGCUUUUACUGUUUGCACCUUCAUUCUCUGAUUUUACACUUGAUCUAUAUAUAAUGAUGAGAUGCUCAUGUCUCCACCCUAACAAUGGGAGUCAUUGUCCCAAAGGCGGGAAGGCAGGGGACAAGCUUACGUCCAAAAUAAGCCCAUAGAAAUGCAUUGGGCUUGUUUUGGACAGAUUUUGGCGAGAGUGAAACAUCUUGCUUUGUCUCUUCCUCUCUGUUUACACACACACACACCAAGCCCCUGCCACUCACAAUAACAAAGUUUAGACAUCACUUCUUCCCCUCUGACAAGCGGUUUCAACUCGCUAUUUGCAUUUGAAGUUUGGUCCAACAGAAUCGGUCAUAUAGACAAACACAUUGAGACAUUAUUUUAUUGUAAUAGAGAAGUUAACCUUUCUAAUGAUACCCGUUUUAUUUUGUCUCUACUCCUCAAAUUGCGCGCAGAGCAGACACUACUAAAACGGGAGUAUCAAUUAACAUUGAUUCUGGAAAAUGUAUGCUCAGUUUGUCGCGUGCGCAUUACGGUACCACGUACCGCUAGCAGCAUUUUAGUAAAGGAUUGUUAUACUAGCUGUCUUGUCUGUGUUUUUAUAAAUGAGCAAUAAGCAUAAAACACAAUUAUAUAAAGAGUUGACAACUCGUUCUCAUUCUGAGAAAUAAGGUAGCUAAGCCACUUGAUUUCAACAUCUGAACAAAGUGGACAGGCUAGCAUGCUGUUCAAACAGUUGGAGACUGACAGAAGGGUGUGAAAAUAGAUCCAAGUUGACUAACUUGAAAUAUAAAGAUUAGCUGGCUACGCACUAGUUUGUGCUUGAAAGAUUGAGACCUGUGUUCAUUUUCUAUAAUGCCUACUACAAAAAGUUUGUCAUUAGUGAAUGUGCAUUAUGCAUGGUUCUGGUUAAAUUUGUAACAAAAAGGUCAUUUUCAUAGACCGACUUGAAAGCUAGAUCAGUGAUUAUUGCAAAAAAGCAGGUUAAACUACUGUAUGUUGAUAAAAUAAUUAUAUUACGAGUGGGUGUUGUGGUUGUGGAAGGCUUAUAUUUAGCCUAGGUAUAAUUUCAGAAGCCCUGAAUUCAAUAGAGUAUUGCUGACUGUUUGAAAUGCAGUGUAUUUGACCUUUUAAUUGUACAAUAAAGCUUAUUUAGAGAACAUUUAAAAUUGCCGGAGACCUCCUGAUACAAUAUUAUCAUGAUAACUAGCCGCUGAUACGAUAUGUAUUGUGAUUCUAUAUGUAUCACAAUUUAUCAGGUACAAGAGAGAGCCAUAAUAAAAGCAGGGACAAGACUGCCAUAAUAGAACGUUUUUAGUUUUGAUCAGUCAUGGAAAUAAGUGCUGAAAGCAUGUUGGCUUACCAUUUAAAAAAAAAAGAAGAUUGAGUCCAAGCUAUAAGAGGAGAAAUACAGAUGUUUUGGCGCAGGUAUAGCCAACUAGCGCUAGCUAAUGUUAACUACCUGGCUUUUUUUUUUUGGAGAUCGUUACUUUGAGUCAGACUUAAUAUAAUGUCGUCAAAAAUACUGCGAUACUCAACUGUAUUGACUCCAUCCCUAGUAAGAGAAUAGAGGUCAAAUAAAAAAUAUAAAUAUAUUAUUCCUGUACAACAUGGAAUAUGCCAACACUACACAAAAGCAAAGUUGAUGGACCCAUAACACAGCAAACCAUCUACUGGUUUUUAUACCUUAUUGAGUGAUAUGAAACAAAUCAGUGCUGUGUGCUAGGCAGUGACCAGCGGGUUGUGAUGUCAUUGAAUGCCAGUGUGUGCCACAGACCAGACAAUGCGGUCUCUGUGUGUCCGAAUGCAGAUAGCUUCCGCUACUCCUGUGACAUCUGUGGGAAGAAGUACAAGUACUACAGCUGCUUCCAGGAGCACCGCGACCUGCACGCUGUGGACGGUAACUGACUACCUACCCUCUCUUCUCCUCUAAUUUACUCUCCAUUAUUGCAUUCCUACUAGGCCUUUCUAUUAUUUGUCUGUAUGGAUUCGAGUGGUAGCUUGUUCUGCCUCAGUGCCAACUUUGACAUGACUUGCAGUUCCAUCAUAGUUGUGUGGUUUUGCUAGAAUGAAUUCCUGGGAAGUUAUGGAUGUGAAGUCCUGGUGAAAAAUGAAGAGCUCAAAGUGCUUAGAACAGGAAACUAGGCAGUUAAAUUGCUGAUAUGCAUAACCGUGCAUUUGCACAUAACACAAUGGGGGCGAUGAGACAACGGAACCCCAUUGAGGGAGGUGAGCUUGGACGAGGGACCGUGAACAGGGUGGGACCAAAGUUGGGGAAAGCUGAACUUUAUGCAAAUACUCUGCAAUAUUGCAACGCUAUUGACCAUUCAAAACUCACUGUACACUACAUGACCAGAAGUAUGUGGACACCUGCUCGUCGAACAUCUCAUUCCAAAAUCAUGGGCAUUAAUAUGGAGUUGGUCCCCCCCUUUGCUGCUGUUCUGGGAAGGCUUUCCACUAGAUGUUGCUGCAGGGACUUGCUUCCAUUCAGCCACGAGCAUUAGUGACGUUGGGCGAUUAGACCUGGCUCGCCGUCGGCAUUCCAAUUCAUCCCAAAGGUGUUCGAUGGGGUGGAGGUCAGGGCUCUGUGGAGGCCAGUCAAGUUCUUCCACACAGAUAUCGACAAACCAUUUCUGUAUGGACCUUGCUUUGUAUAUCGGGGCAUUGUCAUGCUGAAACAGGAAAGGGCAAUACCCAAACUGUUACCACAAAGUUAGAAGCACAGAAUCGUCUAGAAUGUCAUUGUAUGCUGUACCGUUACGAUUUGGGACAAUAUUUCCCUUCAAUGGAACUAAGGGGCCUUAACUGAACCAUGAAAAACAGCCCCAGACCAUUAUUCCUCCUCCACCUAACUUUACAGUUGGCACUAUGCAUUGGGGCAGGUAGCGUUCUCCUGGCAUCUGCCAAACCCAGAUUUGACCGUCAGACUGCCAGAUGGUGAAGCGUGAUUCAUCACUCCAGAGAACGCGUUUCCACUGCCCCAGAAUCCCAUGGCGGCGAGCUUUACACCACUCCAGCCGACACUUGGCAUUGCGCAUGAUGAUCUUAGGCUUGUGUGCGGCUGCUCGGCAAUGGAAACCCAUUUCAUGAAGCUCCCGACGAACAGUUAGUUUGCUGACAUUGCUUCCAGAGGCAGUUUGGAACUCUGUAGUGAGUGUUGCAACCGAGGACAGACUAUUUUUACGCGCUUCAGCACUCGGCAGUCCCGUUCUGUGAGCUUGUGUGGCCUACCACUUCGCGGCUGAGCCGUCGUUGCUCCUAGACGUUUCCACUUCACAAGUUGACUGGGGCAGCUCUAGCAGGGCAGAAAUCUGACUAACUGACUUGUUGGAAAGGUGGCAUCCUAUGACUGCCACGUUGAAAUUUACUGAGCUCUUCAGUAAGGCCAUUAUACUGCCAAUGUUUGUCUAUGUAGAUUGCAUGGCUGUGUGCUCGAUUUAUAUACCUGUCAGCAACGGGUGUGGCUGAAAAAGCUGAAUCCACUAAUUUGAAGGGGUUCCAGGCCCUACUGGAUUGGCUGUUGAUACCUAGCCUGCUUGCUAGCACCCACAUGAGGGCGACGCUAACGUGGCUAUCCAAAUUAUUAUAGUGUUAUGUGUAAGAGUAAGUAUCAUUGUAGCCCUGAAAACAGAGAUUUUAUUGAAACUUCACUUCCACUAUCAUGGUUACUGCUGCUUUAAAUAAAGUAACCUGUGUGAAUUAACUUGACCUCUUCCUUUCCAUCUCCAUCUGUCCAUGUAUGUUGUAUGUUUCUGUCACCCCCCCUUUCACCCCAGACCCAUACGAGCAGGUCGUUCUAGGACCUGUGGAAGACCUCAAGGAGGAGGAACCAGUGGAACCCUUCCAGAAAAUAGGACCAAGUAAGGCAGCACUGCAUGCUGGUCUACUGUUACUUGGCAGAGUAGGAUUUGCGAUUGGGCACGUCGUACUGUGAUGUGAUAUAUAUAUAUAUAUAUCUAUAUAUAUAUAUAAUAAUAUAUAUAUAUAUAUAUAUUACACACACACACAAAAGUGGGGAGAACACGUCUUUGAUACACUGCAGUUUUGCAGUGUUUCCUACUUACAACAGCAUUAGAGUUCUGUAUUUUUCUCAUUAUCAUCAACUGGAGAGACGGAAAUUCUAAAACAAAAAUCCGAAAAUCACAUUGUAAUGAUUUCUGGCUCUCACAGACCUGUAACUUCUUCUUUAAGGGGCUCCUCUGUCCUCCACUCGUUACCUGUAUUAAUGGCACCUGUUUGAACUUGUUAUCAGUAUAAAAGACACCUGUCCACAACCUCAAACAGUCACACUCCAAACUCCACUAUGGCCAAGACCAAAGAGCUGUCAAAGGACACCAGAAACAAAAUUGUAGACCUGCACCAGGCUGGGAAGACUGAAUCUGCAAUAGGUAAGCAGCUUGGUUUGAAGAAAACAACUGUGGGAGCAAUUAUUAGGAAAUGGAAGACAUACAAGACCACUGAUAAUCUCCCUCGAUGUGGGGCUCCACGCAAGAUCUCACCCCGUGGGGUCAAAAUGAUCACAAGAACGGUGAGCAAAAAUCCCAGAACCACAUGGGGGGACCUAGUGAAUGACCUGCAGAGAGCUGGGACCAAAGUAACAAAGCCUACCAUCAGUAACACACUACACCGCCAGGGACUGAAAUCCUGCAGUGCCAGACGUGUCCUCCUGCUUAAGCCAGUACAUGUCCAGGCCCGUCUGAAGUUUGCUAGAGUGCAUUUGGAUGAUCCAGAAGAGGAUUGGGAGAAUGUUAUAUGGUCAGAUGAAACCAAAAUAUAACUUUUUGGUUAAAAACUCAACUCGUCGUGUUUGGAGGACAAAGAAUGCUGAGUUGCAUCCAAAGAGCACCAUACCUACUGUGAAGCAUGGGGGUGGAAACAUCAUGCUUUGGGGCUGUUUUCCUGCAAAGGGACCAGGACGACUGAUCCGUGUAAAGGAAAGAAUGAAUGGGGCCAUGUAUCGUGAGAUUUUGAGUGAAAACCUCCUUCCAUCAGCAAGGGCAUUGAAGAUGAAACGUGGCUGGGUCUUUCAGCAUGACAAUGAUCCCAAACACACCGCCCGGGCAACGAAGGAGUGGCUUCGUAAGAAGCAUUUCAAGGUCCUGGAGUGGCCUAGCCAGUCUCCAGAUCUCAACCCCAUAGAAAAUCUUUGGAGGGAGUUGAAAGUCCGUGUUGCCCAGCGACAGCCCCAAAACAUCACUGCACUAGAGGAGAUCUGCAUGGAGGAAUGGGCCAAAAUACCAGCAACAGUGUGUGAAAACCUUGUGAAGACUUACAGAAAACGUUUGACCUGUGUCAUUGCCAUCAAAGGGUAUAUAACAAAGUAUUGAGAAACUUUUGUUAUUGACCAAAUACUUAUUUUCCACCAUAAUUUGGAAAUAAAUUCAUGAAGAAUCCUACAAUGUGAUUUUCUGGAUUUUUUUUCUCAUUUUGGUCUGUCAUAGUUGACGUGUACCUAUGAUGAAAAUUACAGGCCUCUCUCAUCUUUUAAGUGGGAGAACUUGCACAAUUGGUGGCUGACUAAAUACUUUGUUUCCCCACUGUGUAUAUGUAUAUGUAUAUAUAUAUAUAGAUAUAUAUAUAUAUAUAUAUAUAUAUGAUAAUAAUAUAAUGAUAAUAAUACAACAUACAUACAACAAGACAUACAUACAUGACAUAAUAUCACACACACACACAGUGGGGAGAACACGUAUUUGAUACACUGCAGAUUUUGCAGGUUUUCCUACUUACAAAGCAUGUAGAGUUCUGUAAUUUUUAUCAUCAACUGUGAGAGACGGAAUCUAAAACAAAAAUCCAGAAAAUCACAUUGUAUGAUUUUUAAGUAAUUAAUUUGCAUUUUAUUGCAUGACAUACGUAUUUGAUCACCUACCAACCAGUAAGAAUUCCGGCUCUCACAGACCUGUUAGUUUUUCUUUAAGAAGCCCUCCUGUUCUCCACUCAUUACCUGUAUUAACUGCACCUGUUUGAACUCGUUACCUGUAUAAAAGACACCUGUCCACACACUCAAUCAAACAGACUCCAACCUCUCCACAAUGGCCAAGACCAGAGAGCUGUGUAAGGACAUCAGGGAUACAAUUGUAGACCUGCACAAGGCUGGAAUGGGCUACAGGACAAUAGGCAAGCAGCUUGGUGAGAAGGCAACAACUGUUGGCGCAAUUAUUAGAAAAUGGAAGAAGUUCAAGAUGACUGUCAAUCACCCUCGGUCAGGGGCUCCAUGCAAGAUCUCACCUUGUGGGGCAUCAAUGAUCAUGAGGAAGGUGAGGGAUCAGCCCAGAACUACACGGCAGGACCUGGUCAAUGACCUGAAGAGAGCUGGGACCACUGUCUCAAAGAAAACCAUUAGCAACACACUACGCCGUCAUGGAUUAAAAUCCUGCAGCGCACGCAAGGUCCCCCUGCUCAAGCCAGCGCAUGUCCAGGCCCGUCUGACGUUUGCCAAUGACCAUCUGGAUGAUCCAGAGGAGGAAUGGGAGAAGGUCAUGUGGUCUGAUGAGACAAAAAUAGAGCUUUUUGGUCUAAACUCCACUCGCCGUGUUUGGAGGAAGAAGAAGGAUGAGUACAACCCCAAGAACACCAUCCCAACCGUGAGGCAUGGAGGUGGAAACAUCAUUCUUUGGGGAUGCUUUUCUGCAAAGGGGACAGGACGACUGCACCGUAUUGAGGGGAGGAUGGAUUGGGCCAUGUGUUGCGAGUUCUUGGCCAACAACCUCCUUCCCUCAGUAAGAGCAUUGAAGAUGGGUCGUGGCUGGGUCUUCCAGCAUGACAACGACCCGAAACACACAGCCAGGGCAACUAAGGAGUGGCUCCGUAAGAAGCAUCUCAAGGUCCUGGAGUGGCCUAGCCAGUCUCCAGACCUGAACCCAAUAGAAAAUCUUUGGAGGGAGCUGAAAGUCCGUAUUGCCCAGCGACAGCCCCAAAACCUGAAGGAUCUGGAGAAGGUAUGGAGGAGUGGGCCAAAAUCCCUGCUGCAGUGUGUGCAAACCUGGUCAAGACCUACAGGAAACGUAUGAUCUCUGUAAUUGCAAACAAUGGUUUCUGUACCAAAUAUUAAGUUCUGCUUUUUUGAUGUAUCAAAUACUUAUGUCAUGCAAUAAAAUGCAAAUUAAUUACUUAAAAAUCAUACAAUGUGAUUUUCUGGAUUUUUGUUUUAGAUUCCGUCUCUCACAGUUGAAGUGUACCUAUGAUUACAGUUCUCUACAUGCUUUGUAAGUAGGAAACACUGCUGAUUUAGCAGGUUAUCAAAUACUUGUUCUCCCCACUGUAUAUACACAGUACCAGUCAAAUGUUUGGACACCUACACCUUCCAGGGUUUUUCUUUAUUUUUACUAUUUUCUACAUUGUAGAAUAAUAGUGAAGACAUCAAAACUAUGAAAUAACACAUGGAAUCAUGUAGUAACCAAUAAAGUGUUAAACAAAUCCAAAAAUAUUUUAUUUCAGAUUCUUCAAAGUAGCCAUUCUUUGCCUUGAUGACAGCUUUGCACAGUCUUGGCAUUCGCUUUUCCUUCACUCUGUGGUCCCAAACCAUCUCAAUUGGGUUGAGGUCGGGUGAUUGUGGAGGCCAGGUCAUCUGAUGCAGCACUCAAUCACUCUUCUUCUUGGUCAAAUAGCCCUUACACAGCCUGGAGGUGUGUUUUGGGUCAUUGUCCUGUUGAAAAACAAAUGAUAGUCCCACUAAGUGCAAACCAGAUGGGAUGGUGUAUCGCUGCAGAAUGCUGUGGUAGCCAUGCUGGUUAAGUGUGCCUUGAAUUCUAAAUAAAUCACUGACCGUGUUACCAGCAAAGCACCAUCACACCACCACCUCCAUGCUUCACGGUGGAAACCACACAUGCGGGGAUCAUCCGUUCACCUACUCUGCAUCUCACAAAGACACGGCGGUUGGAACCAAAAAUCUCAAAUUUGGACAAAAAAAAUCUCCAAUGUCCAUUGCUGGUGUUUCUUGGCCCAAGCAAGUCUCUUCUUAUUGGUGUCCGUUAGUAGUUGUUUCGUUGCAGCAAUUUAACCAUGAAGGCCUGCUUCACGCAGUCUCCUCUGAACAGUUAAUGUUGAUGUGUCUGUUACUUGAACUCUGUGAAGCAUUUAUUUGGGCUGCAAUUUCUGAGGCUGGUAACUCUAAUGAACUUCUCCUCUGCAUCAGAGAUAACUCGGGUCUUCCUUUCCUCAUGAGAGCCAGUUUCAUCAUAGCGCUUGAUGAUUUUUGCAACUGCACUUGAAGAAACUUUCAAAGUUCUUGAAUUUUUCCAGAUUGACUGACCUUCAUGUCUUAAAGUAAUGAUGGACUGUCAUUUCUCUUUGCUUAUUUGAACUGUUCUUGCCAUAAUAUGGACUUGGUCUUUUACCAAAUAAGGCUAUCUUCUGUAUACCACUAAGACCUUGUCACAACACAACUGAUUGGCGCAAACAAAUUAACUUUUAACAAGGCACACUUGUUCAUUGAAAUGCAUUCCAGGUGACUACCUCAUGAAGCUGGUUGAGAGAAUGCCAAGAGUGCAAAGCUGUCAUCAAGGCAAAGGGUGGCUAUUUGAAGAAUCUCAAAUAUAAAAUAUAUUUUGAUUUGUUUAACACUCUCUUGGUUACUACAUGAUUCCAUAUGUGUGUUAUUUCAUAGUUUUGAUGUCUUCACUAUUAUUAUACAAUGUAGAGAAUAGUACACAUAAAGAAAAACCUUGAAUGAGUAGGUGUCCAAACUUUUGACUGGUACUAUAUAUAUAUAUAUAUAUAUAUAUAUAUAUAUAUAUAUAUAUAUUUUUUUUUUUUCAGUGGUUGAUUUUGUAUCUGAAGUCCUACUUUUGCAGUUUGUUAAGGCAAUGUUAUUAGUUUUGUCCUCAUUUAGCUCUUUACCUCAUACAUGCAAUGUAUUUUGCUCUCGGGAUAGGUAUUAUUUGUACAUUAUAUCCUUUAUGAGAGAAAUAAAAUAUGAUUUAGAUUUGGGGAAUAAUUCACUCAAUGUCCCCACUACUGAAAAUUAAGGAAACCAUUUCAGUGAACCACCAAGGAUGCUACUCUUAUCAUUACAGAAGGAGAUGUUAUAUAUUUAGCGCAUGCAGAUAAUGUGAUUAUUUUAGUUAACUUGUUUUUUUUCUAAAAAAAUAAUUCUCACAGAAACGGGGAGCUAUGAGUGUGAGUUCUGUGGGAAGCAGUAUAAGUACUUCAACCCAUACCAGGAGCAUGUGGCUCUUCACCAACCAAUGAGUAAGUAAUCUCACAGGUCUACAGAAGGGACUUAGUCGUCUGUUGUAGUCCAUAACCUCCCUCUCUUACCUCCCAAACUCACCUGGGUCAUCAAAACACCUGUGUUAUCAUCAAUUCAGUUAAAGUAGCUUGAUAAUUUACCACUUAUUUAUAUGAUGAUACUGACAGAACUGUCUUCCCACAGAUUUCUCCUUUGAUAAUAUGAAGUCGCCUCGAUCCCGUGGAAGUGUGGAUGGAAACAUGGACGUCAGCAAAUACAGUGCCACUAAAUUAGAAACAGGUAUGGAGAACUGACCUGGGAUCUGUGCUUAAGCAGCUCUCGCACUGUCUCACAACCUGAGAUUCAUUCGCAAUCACUGAGCUUGAACGUAUACAAUACACUGUAUACCACUUAAAGAUGUCAACUUUUAGACCAUCAAAUGGACCUGCAAAUUUACCCAGAUCGUGGGUAGGUUCAAUCACACCCCACAAACCGUUACCUGUAACAUUUGUGUAACAUCAUUUGACAUCACUGUAAACCAUGGAUGGGCAUCUGGCGGCCCGCAGAUUCAACCACAAAGACCAGGGAGGUUUUCCAAUGCCUCGCAAAGAAUGGCACCUAUUGGUAGCUGAGUAAAAAAACAAAAAAAACAGACAUUCAAUAUUUAUUUGAGCAUGGUGAAGUUAUUAAUUACACUUUGGAUGGUGUAUCUAUAGAAAUACGUGUUAUGUCCUGAAUAGAAAGUGUUAUGUUUGGGGCAAACACAUCACUGAGUACCAAUCUUCAUAUUUUCAAGCAUGGUGGUGGCUGCAUCAUGUUAUGGGUAUGCUUGUCAUCGGCAAGGGAGUUUUUUUAGGAUACAAAUAAACUGAAUACAGCUAAGCACAGGCAAAAUCCUAGAGGAAAACCUGGUUCAGUCUGCUUUCCAACAGACACUGGAUGACAAAUUCACCUUUCAGCAGGACAAUAACCUAAAACAGUUUUGCUUACCAAGAGUUGCUUACCAAGAUGACAUUGAAUGUUCCUGAGUGGCCUAGUUACAGUUCUGACUUAAAUCGUCUUAAUCUAUGACAAGACUUGAAAAUGGCUGUCUAGCAAUGAUCAACUUAAAUAAUUAUUUUAAAGAAUAAUGUGCAAAUAUUGUACAAUCCAGGUGUGCAAACCUCUUAGAGACUUACUCAGAAAUACUCACAGCUGUAAUCGCUGCCAAAGGUGAUUCUAACAUGUGUUGACUCGGUGGGGUUGAAUAUUUAUAAUUAGAGUAUUUUGUGUAGAUAACUGACAAAACAGUCGAAUUAGCAUAAUAAAAAAAUCGGGCAGUUUUAAGCUAGAUGUUUUUUUGCAUUGGAUGUGUCUCAAUCCACCGCUUCCGCGAUGUUGCACUUCCGCAUCUGCGGUGAAAGGUGACAGAGCUAGAGCGGUGUUUGUCAGACCAUGAGACAUCCCAGAAAUCGGUCUGUAGCGGCUGAACGGUUAUGACCCCUCAAUGGAAAGAUGAGACUCUCACGAACACAAUGGUGUUCUCCGUUUUGCUCUACGACCCCCACAAGUGUUUUGGGACUCUACUGAAGUCGGUACAGCCGAUCUGCCAACUUCUGUCUGGAGCGUCAUAACAGUUUGGGCUACACAAUAAUAUAUGACCCCUCUGUGGAAAGGUGAGACUCUCAUGAACAUGUCGUCUGAAGGUCCCCCGGUACCAGUUGAGAAAAUCCUGAUCUUUGUUAUUUCUCUGAUAUAGGACAGACACUUCAGAACAAACUUCCUUUACAUUUUUUUGUACUAUCUGUUCCAUGUAGUAAAUGUUUUGUGUGGGCUAAUAGCAUUUUAUUUAUAUAUAUAUAUAUAUAUAUAUUUUUUUUUUUUUUGGGAUACUUCAAGGGUUCUUAAAAUUCAAGAUCAAAUGGCUAAAUGAUCCUUGGUAUGACCUUAAAACAAUUCCAUAUAGCUUAGUAGAACCUCCCCCUUUCUCCCGGUUUAGACAUGGUUUAGUCUGUACAGGGUUAAAUCCAUUUUAAUCCCACCUUGUAACACAACAAAAUGUGGAAAAAGUCAAGGGUUGUGAAUACUUUCUGAAGGCACUGUAUCUAAACUUGUAGUAAUCGUGGUCGAAUUACCGACCUGGGGGCCCACAUUGAUUUUGUUAGCCACUCUCACUCACUGUGAUGUCAUAUUUCGCUUUGCCCCAUGGCAAAAUGAGUAGAAUUGCAUGAAAUGAGUUACAAAAUUGCAAAGUCUUCUCUCCGCCCCAUGGCAAAAUGUGUAGAAUGGCAGCGAAAUUGCUUUAAACUAACUGCAACAUUUUCAAACACAACACAUACAUUAUUUUCUCCACUGUCAAGAGGGGGGCCGCUAAAAUGUUUUGCUCGAAAGGUGGGUGGGUGCAUUGCAAUCCCUGCGAGCCACUGCAGCCCCUCAUGAGUAGUUCAGAUUUUUUGUGGCCUCCACCCCCAUCAAAGUUGCCCAUUCCUGCUGUAAACCAAGGCUACAAUCUCCCGCCAAAGAUGAUUUGGCUCUACUUUGUCUGCUGUGAUCCGAAACGCUGCCUCGCUCCUCUUAUCUAUCAUAUCUCUAACCUGAUCAGUUCCUGUCUCUCUCCACUGAGCAGUUUGUCUAUGGAGAGCUAUUUAAAGCUUGGCAGUCUCCCCUAGCACAGAAAUAUGGGUCAAAAGAAAUAGUGGAGAGGAGUACUGGGACCCAUAUUCAAAUGCUAUGGGUGAAUAUUCAUUUAAAAAAUUUGUGCCGAAAAGGCAAUGGAUCAUCCCAAGGACAUGAUAGAAUUCAAUACGCAGAGUACCUAUAUAUAUAUCGUUCCGCUAUGGAUUAGUGUUGUGUAGGUUUCGGAAAUCAUCUAUCCACCUGCUUUUCACCUUUUCAGUGGGUCUGCACUAAUAGGUAUUUAUUUUGUGUAUGUGCACUAACUGUUUCUACGCACUAAGUAAGAAACCUUUUGGGAGCGUGACAUGGUUUUCCAUUUUUGUCUUGUCAGUUCAAACAUUGUUUAUCUUUCACAGACAGUCCCUUUAGUCGGAAAAUGGAGAGCAAAAUCCAGUCCAGCCUGGUGGACACCAACAGUUCCCAGAACUCAAGCGGUGAGCACUGAGGCUCUUCUCAUAAGCUGUGUGCCUAUGUGUUUUAUGAAUGUCUCUCUGCACAGUGAAAUGUAUUUUCAUCUGGGCAACUCUCCCAAUAUAUCAGCUGUGAAUGUCAAUUAACAGGGAGAUGUGUUCUUACUGAGACUUGGGUAGAACACUGCGGUAGAUGGAGAGUGAAUCAGACAGGAGUGUGAGUGUUGGUGGUUUAGUGUCCAAGCAUAUAUCCACGUUCAAAUCGAGGCCAUAGUCUGAUUCUCUACCCUUCUCCCUGAAGUACGCACUAAUUUACUCCCCCUUGUGGAUUAAAAAAUAAUGGAUUGUCUAUGAAAUAUAGGGAAACAUUCUCUAGCCAAUGCUUACAUAAAUCGAAUGCUUUUAACUCCACAAGGGGAAGAGAGCAUGUGCACACUGAAAUGGGUGAAGAGUAGGGAAUCGCAUCUAAAAACCAAUGCAGUGUCUGUGAUGUCACUUUCUCACGCUCUCCCUAAGGUACUCCAAGCCCCCUGGUGGCCGGUUCGUUCCCUGCAUCACAGAGUGAGUCUACUUCUCUCUCUCUCUCUCUGCCUGCAUGCUUGAAAACACAAACAAAUGGGACCAUUUCACCCUCUCCAUGUUGUUUAUUUUGACCAUAAUGAGAUGCAGCUACUGCCACUGAUAUUUUCCUUUCACUUGUCAUUUCUUAUCAGUCUCCCUGUUCAUUUGGGCUUGUCACACUUGCUCUUCCAUUUAGUCAGUGUUUGUGACCCUGUAGUAGUUGGUUUGGAUUUGGGCAGGUUACUCCAUGGUGAAUUGGAAGAGACUAGGUGUGGCAUAACUGUUUUUUCGUGUUGUUGUGGCAGCAGAUGAGAAUAUUUGCUGACUCAUACUUUACUUCAGCUGGGCAUAAUGCUUAUGUGCUCUUCAACAAUAACCUGUUACUGUUGACAACAAGCCAGGUGGGAAAAUGUCAAAUACAAUGUAUUCAAGCAAUCAAUCAAAUUAUCUUUAUUUAUUUACAUCUUUUUGCAAAUUCAUUAGUCACAAAGGGCUUCACAACAAUCCGGGCCUACAGCCCCCAAAACCCCAAAGACAAGGCGACAGUGGCAGAGACAAAGUCUCUAGGUAGGAAGACUCAAUCACUCUUAAAUGGCAUAGAUAGAUAAUACAAGAAAAUAUUUCAUUAAGUAGGUUUAACAUGUGUUUUAUAUGUGUUAAAAUUAAACAUCUUGUUACAGUGGCCUAGAUCUUGCACCACUCAGGGGAUAGACUGGGCAGGUCCACAGUGGAUGUGCUCUUGUUACAAUACGGGAACCCUUUUUUCUGGGCCUUGUGUUUCUAGAACCCUACACAUGUGGCGCCUGUGGCAUCCCGUUCCAGUUCUACAACAACCUGCUGGAGCACAUGCAGUCCCACGCUGGUGAGUUAACUGCACCUAGAGGGAUAUACAUACAGCAACAGACUGGAUGUACCCCCAAAGUGUAACACUAGCAGUCAAAUGGGUGGGGGAGCUUUCAGCAGAAGUUUAAAUGUACGGUUGUAAUGGCGGAAUACUUCAGAUACUGUCAAUUGUAUUUCCAACUACUGGAAUUGUUUAUUCCUUUGCACAAAGCUCAGCCAAAUUUGGUGGCCGAAAUAGCUGCUGUACAUUGCACUCCAAGCUAAAACAUACAAACUCCUAGGAGAGAGGAAGAAGGGAUAUUUUCAUCUAACACUUUGUUUUUUUGCAUUUUCUAAUUUCAUUUUUGCAUAUUAAAUUGAGUAUGCUCUUUGUGUUACAACCAUUUCACCCCUGUUGUUUUAUCAUGUGUAGCCACUCUAUUAGAGGCUACCUGUUUGCUAGUGGUUGUUUCCUAACCCUAUGUAACUAUCUGUUAACUCUCGAGCUAGUAGACAAUAGCCAACCCUCUGGUUAUUAGCUUUUAGCUAAACCCACUGUAGCGCGUUGCUAGCUGUUCCAUUAACAAUUAGUCAUUAGCUAACCCUUUAGCCUCUGCUUUAGCUAUUAACCUUUAGCUAUCCCCAUUUUGUUAUUAGCAAUUAACUAACUUGUAGCUAGUAGCUGUUGACCUUCUCUAUCACAGAAUGCUAACCCUGUAUCUCUGUUUCCCCCCCAGCGGAUAAUGAGAACCACACCAAAGGGGAGUCUCCAAAGACAUCACCGGGCCCAGCCUCACAGGACCAGCUGUGGAGGUCCCCUCAGCCCCAGCCCCAGCCCCAGCAUCAGGCCCAAGCUCAAAUAGUUCAAGUCCAGAUACGGGCUCAGCCCCAGCCUACACAGAGAAACCACUACACCAACCGUGAGUAGGCUACUAUUAAUCAUCACUGUCACUGAAUAGAUAUGGCCACACUGCCUAUGAAUACACACACUCAAACUCGUUCUCCUCUCUCUACCUCUCUUUCCCAUAUAUUCCCUGUUUUUCCUCUUUCUCCUUCCAUCUCUUCUCACUCUCUCCUCUCUCUCACUGCCUCUCUCUAUCCACAGAGAACAGUGGUGGACUACCGGAGAAGGAGAGGCAGCAGGUGGCCGAACGUCUCCUGAGGGUGAUGUGUACAGACCUGGGUGUGCUCAACAUGCUCAAUAGCAAGGACUUCCUGAAGCUGGCCCAGACUCUGGUGGACACGGGCGCCCGCCAUGGUGCCUACUCCACCCGCGAAGCCCUGGGCAACAUGAGCUCGCUGGCCCUGCGUCAGCUUCCCCGCAUGUACAACCAGAUCAAGGUGAAGGUGACCUGCGCCCUGGGCUCAAACUCCUCACUGGGCAUUGCCGUCACCUGCCACUCCCAGACAGUGGGGCCUGACGCCUGCCUAGUGCUGACAGCCUACCAGGUGGAGGGGUCCAGGCUCAAGCGCUACGUUCUAGGCGUCAAGGAGGCAGACCUGAGGGAGGGACCCGAGCAGGUGCACCAGUGGACCCAGAACGUGCUGUCGGAGUUCGUCAUGUCGGACAUCCGCACAGUAUAUGUGACUGAGCCGAGGGUGUCUGCGGUGGGGGUGGGGGGCUCGCCGCUGGCUGGAGGCGGGCGGGGGAGGGUGUGUCUGCGGUGCGCCGGGUGCUCGCUGGGUGUAGUGGUCCAGGCAGUGCUGGGGAAGCGCAGCCUGCAGGCGCGGGGGCUCCACGAAUUGACUGAGCUGCUGGCUGCCUGCCGCGACAUUGCUGCCUCCACCAGCCUCUCGUUGCGCGACGACUCCACCAGCGCCGCCAUGGACGAGGGCACGUCUAACCCCUCCGCUCCCCCCAGGCCUAGCCACACCCCUCCCUGUUGGGACCGCACGGCUGAGGCCCUGCUUCAGGUGCACGCCCACUUUGAGCAGAUCUGUGAGGCAUAUGGGAGGAGCAAGGCCACAGCUUCCACGCUGCAGGGCCUCAACAAACACCUGCUGGGGACGCUGGCCUGCCUGCUGGCCCCCCUGCGCCUGGCCGCCCUGGAGCUCAGCAACCAGAGGAGGCCCACCCUGCAGCAGGUGCUACCUGUCUACCUGCGCCUGGAGAAACUGUUCACCUCCAAGGCUGGGGAGGUGGGGACCGCCAGCAAGCUCUGCCACUACUUCCUGGAAGCCCUGAAGGAGAACUUUAAGGUGGAGAAAGCCCACCAGGUAGCCAUGGUCCUGGAUCCUCAGCUGAAGCUGCGUCCCGUCCCAGCCUACCAGCAUGAGGAGAUCAUCGCCCGUGCCUGCGAGAUGGCCACAGACCCCCGCGACGGGGGGCAAGCCACCGGCGGGGGGUCCGGAGUUGAGGACAUGGAUGGACCCUCAACACCCAAACGGCUUCGCGUGGACGUCCCCGGUGGUGGAGUGAACGCCAGAGGGGUAGUAGCCGUGUCGUCGGAGGCGUCGUCAGAUGAAAGCCAGACCCAGGUGAGACAGGAGGUGUUCCAGUAUCUGGCUGAACCGCUCCUCCAGGGCACCACCCCAGACCUCUUCCACUACUGGAGCACCACGGUGGGCGACCGCUUCCCCAGACUGGCACGCCUAGCACUGUGGCUGCUGGCCGUGCCCGCCGUGGGCGUCCGCAGCGAGUGUGUGAGCGUGUGUGAGCAGAGCCUGGCCAUGAAGAGGAGGCAGCAGGUCACCGCCGAGGAGAUGAACAAACUUGUCUUCCUGCGCUCCAACAUGGCCUGA